AUGGUGGAGAAGCCUGGCUUUGAUGAUCCAAGACAAGAUCUUGUUGUCUUUGAGUUCACUGAUGCUCUUUUUGGUCGCAGAAGAGAUGAUCCAGUUGCUAUCAAAUCAAAAUCUGUUCCUCAGUCAGGGCAGGCUGCCCGUAGCAACCCUCUUCCGGGGGUUUCACAUCACAUGACCAGGAAUUGGCUUAAAACAGCAUCAAAAAUGGGAUGCUCUGAGUGGUCGCACCCGCAUCUUACACACGAUGGAGCAAACACUUCACGUAUCAUUGCAAGCCAAAUACGUGAUGUGCCGGAUGCAGUGGGGAUAUCCAGUGAAACCAUAUCUGAAUACUCGCAACGGCAAGCUGUUUCAUCAACCCCAGGACCAUCGCAGAAUCCACUGCUCUCACUUUCACAUCAAUCCUAUGGGUUGCCCCCUCAUGCGCCAACCGGUGGUGGAAAAUCCUUGAUAGCAGAUGUGCUGAUGCUGAAACGUGUCAUUGAGGAUCCAGCCAAGAGAGCUAUCCUUGUUCUUCCCUAUGUUGCUCUCGUGCAGGAGAAGCUCAAGUGGCUUCGCCGAGUAGUUGAAGGUGUGGAUAAAAACGUUGACAUGCCGACCACUGCAGACGAGGCCUCUUCGGCACCCAAAUGGAGACAACCACAGAAGUCCAUCCGGGUUACAGGAUUUUUUGGCGGAAGCAAAACUAGAGCUACAUGGACUGAUACUGACAUAGCCGUUUCAUUAAUGACCUGGGGCGUUGUUGUCUUGGAUGAGCUCCAUAUGCUUGAUGAUGAGCAUCGUGGUUAUCUGAUAGAGAUUAUGGUUACAAAAUUAUUGUUAUUACAGCAAGAUAUCCAAAUCGUUGGUAUGAGUGCCACAUUGUCGAAUACUGAGGUCCUCGCGAAAUGGCUGCAUGCGAAUUACUAUAUUUCCAAAUAUCGGCCCAUACCCAUUCAAGAGCAUCUGGUCUACAACAAUGCAAUAUAUCCCGCCACAAGCUCGAAGGAGUUCUUUAGAACAGCUAUGCAAUUAAAUAAGCCUGACUCAUCGCCAAAUUAUUCCCUUGCAUGCAGAAUAAUUGACCGAUCGAUGCAUAAGGAGCUUGGGAACCCAACUUCCAAUGCCAUGGUAUCGUUGGCCCUAGAAACUGCUCUCUCCGGAUACGGCGCUCUCGUGUUUUGUGGCAGUCGACAAGCAUGUCAGAGUAAUGCGGUGCUUGUUAGCCAUGCGAUGCCAGACGAAACAGCGUUGGACAAUGAUCUGUUGGAACGUCGGAUGGAUCUAAUCGCGGGGCUGCAGAGCCUGCCUUGUGGGCUUGACCCUGUAUUGCAAAUGACAGUCAUCAAAGGAGUGGCUUUUCACCAUGCCGGCCUAACGACGGAAGAACGCGAUUUAAUUGCGGAGGCAUACGAUAAAGGCACCCUUAGGGUGCUAAUCGCUACAUGUAGCCUAGCAGCUGGGAUCAACCUUCCUGCACGACGAGUUAUUCUUUGCGGGGCUCGAAUGGGCCGCGAUUUGGUUGGCCCAGCUAUGCUACGGCAGAUGCCAGGGCGAGCUGGUCGGAAGGGCAAGGAUGAGGUUGGGGAAACUUACCUCUGUUGCCAAAAAGACGACCUAGAGGCAGUGGCAGAAUUACUGGAGGCAGAAAUGCCUGCCAUCGCCAGUGGUUUAACCCCUGAAAAAAGGGGCAUUAAAAGGUUCCCCGAAUCAACUGUUGAUCAUCCCUUUGUUUAUUUACUACAGCUAAUGUCAGAGUUGACCAGGGCGCUUCUUGAGGCAAUUGCGACUAGACUUGUUUCUAGCCGGGAGUCCAUCAACGAAUAUGUAAUGUGUACCUUGCUCUACCAGAAUAUGGAAGCAGCAGAGCUAUUUUCCAUGGUGGACAAGACACUCGAGGACCUAGUCGACAACGGCCUCGUGGAUCUCGAGCAGGCCGAAUCGUACGAGCCGACGCGACUAGGGCAAGCUGUGGUAUCCUCCUCGCUCAGCCCUGAAGAUGGUAUUUUCAUUCACCACGAACUGAAGCGUGCCCUUAAAUCCUUCGUCAUGGACGGGGAGAUGCAUAUUUUCUAUAUGUUCGCGCCUCUUCAAAAUUCAAGCCCCACUGAUAUCGACUGGUCGAUUUUUCGGGACCAAAUGAACAACCUUGAUGAAAGUGGUAUUCGUGCAUUGCAGUUUGUAGGCGUAGUGCCUGUGGCACAGUCCGGAACUCGAAUAAAGGACGAGACCAUCGCCCGCAUCUAUCAACGCGCAUAUACAGCCUUCCAGCUACGCGACCUCAGUAACGAAGUCCCCAUAUCAACAAUCGCGCAGAGAUAUAACAUCCCGCGAGGCAAUGUGCAAACCCUGGCACAAACCUGCCAUGGAUUUGCUGCAGGUAUUGUUAAAUUCUGCCAACGCAUGGGCUGGGACAUGCUGGCAGUCGUGCUAGACCACAUGCGUGACCGUCUGCAUGCCGGAGCUCGAGCUGACCUGCUGGAAAUGGCCCAGGUGGCAUAUGUCAAGAGCCGAACGGCAAGGUUAUUGUGGGAGAAUGGUUUCAAGUCCUUGAGGGCGCUGGCUGAGGCUGACCCAAAGGACCUGGUGCCUGUUUUGAUGAUGGCCCAGCCACGAAAUACGAACCUCCAAGGUGCGCAACGUGUUCCCGCGAAGCUUCUCGCAAAAGCAGAGAUCAUCGUUGCAUCCGCCAAUAAAAUAUGGGAGAGCCAAUUGCAACUCGAGUUUGAGGAGGGUAGAGUAGAGUAG